GUCUUGGCAAUGUCUGUCAAUAAAAAGAACUUUAAAUUUCUUUACAAAAAUAUUGUUUUAUAAUUUAUUUUUGUAAUAACUAAAAAUUCCUUCACCCCAUCGCAGAAAUGGUCUCCGGAUUGGCAGUAGCAAUAACAGCAUCGCUACAUUCGAUAUUGGGCGUAUCAUUUUUCAUCGAACAGAAAGCCGAUUUGUGUUCCAAUGCUCCGACUUUGGCAAGUUGGUUAUUUAUAAUAGGAUUUUUCGAUUUACUUUUGGAUAUCGAAAUAUUUCCUCUACGAUAUAGGCAUCUGCCGUAUCUGUGCCAGGUUGCAGCCGAAACAGUGAUGAGUCUAUUGCUUGUCGAAUUCAGUGCGUUAAUUGUUUGGUGUACCAUUGAGAAUAUAACGUGCAGAAUGAUCAAAAUUAUAUUUCUUGUUGCUGGUCUACGGCCAAAAAUCUACAUGGACUGGGAACAAUAUAUACUGGGAACAGCAACAACGGCGUUAAGUUUAACAUUUCUUAUAUGUGUUGGUUAUGCAACCGAUCAUUUUUAUUUAUUGCAAAAGAAAUCGGUGCGUUUGUGUCGAAAAAUUAUUGAAAAUUGUACAAAAUUAUGGCAAAAUUCCCUACGAAUUGUAAAUUUACGAGCAGGGCAUGGUAAAAUAAGGGAAGAUUCCGAACAAUCAAACAAUUGUUGCCCCGUGUCUGCAAAUGUCGGAUCCUUAAACUAUGAUGAUGUUCUACAACCAAAUAAAUUUGAAACAACUGCUAGUCCUUAUCGCCGACGUAAUCGCAGUCGAAGAAGAUAUCGUCGUUAAUUUGUGGAUGUUUCAAUAAAAACGCAAUGCACACAGUUGUAACCCUACAAAAUAUUUUAAAUAAAACCGGAAUCCUCUCAUUACAUGGAAGCACUGUA